AUUGUAACGACGGACGAUUACCAGCACGCUUUCUUCGAACGCGCUGUGACGGGCGAGGAUCACGACCCUUGCAGCGAAAUCGAAGACCACCGAGGAACCGUAUGUAUAUAAGCCAAUACGGUGAUUGUGAUUGUAUCAUUGUUCGUGGAUGGUUGGUGAUCGGUCCGUGGCCAGCUGCUGUGAGGAAUUGAGAAUUGUUUCUUUGCUAGGUGAAAAGGGCCUUUUAGGAACUAAAAAAUGUCGCAUCCAAGCGUGUCCUGCAUCGUCAUUUUGGCGUUCCUCGUUUUAGGUAGCACAGUGGCCGAUGUGUCCAAUCAAAUCGACGUCGAUGCGAUCCGUGAUCGUCUUUCGGCGAAUUUGACGCUUCCCUCCAUGGAGGAGGUUGAAAGGAUGCUCCGAGAAAAGUGCACCGCCGCCGGGGCUCCGGAUGAUGCGUACGAAAACGCGAAGGAAGCUGCGAUGACGUUCGUCGAGUGUGGCCAGGGACUGAUUGAUAUCGGCCAGUUCCAGCAGGAGGUGGAAGCCGCCAAACCGACCGGUGAUCUUGACACCGUGUUCAACAAGUACUGCCGGAAGCGCUCGAUUCUGAUUGAGUGCGUUAACACGUUCGCUAACGCCGUGGAUCCGUGCCUGGAGUCGGAGGAGAAGGUGUUCAAAACGUCGGGGUUGGAUAUUUUCAAAAACCUGCUCAACUUCGUGUGCCAUAAGGAUGGUGAUCAGAUUGCGCUGUUUAUUGCCGAGAAAGGACCGGAAUGUUUCCUGGAGCAGAAGGACGAUCUGAUCGCGUGCUUUAAUGAAACUUUCUCGGGUUACGUGCCUGAAACAACGCUAACAACCAUUCCGAAGCUCGUUAUUGGACCAAAGCAAUGCGAGGACUUCAAAAAACUGCAAACCUGCAUGGUUCGCGAGCUGGAACAGUGUGACGAGUCAACGCCGGCCAACCUAGUGGAAUCGUUGUUCCGAUACAUCAAGAAGGGAUCGCCAUGCGCGAACAAUGCGGGCCGCUGAGAGUGUACCAGCACCGAUGGAGCACCCGAUUACCAGCAAUCUCCCUGAGUAGUAUCGCCGAACGUGUAUGUAUCCAUUGUAGUGUUGUUGAUGUCGUGAAAUAAAUGUAGCAUCAUUCCGUUAAGAAGAUUGCAAUGAGAAA